UUUUGACUGGGCGCCUUAUCAUUCUUCCUCUCUCUCGCUCUCUAAGCUAAUGUGACAGAGCCAACUCCAAAACCCUAAAUCCACCACAAUGCCACCGCCGGCCACCCUCUCAUCUUCCUCCUCCUUCACCCUCCUCUCCCCACCUCCCUCCCCCUCCCCAAAACUCCCCUCCUUCCUCCUCCCCAAAUCCCACUCCUUUUUCCACUCCCCCACGCGCUCCACGCGCCUCCGCCGCUCUUUCACUCCCCGAUGCGCCGUCAUCGAGAAGGAGUCGCCGGAGACCGAAAAGCCCGAGACUUUCCUCCGCGAGUCCUCGUCCCCGACCUCCGUCCGCUCGCGCUUCGAGAAGAUGAUUAGGGAGGCGCAGGACACCGUCUGCGCGGCCAUCGCCGCCGCCGACGGCGUUGGGACUUUCAAGGAGGACGUGUGGUCCAGGCCCGGAGGCGGAGGCGGGAUCAGUAGAGUGCUGCAGGACGGCGCCGUUUGGGAGAAGGCUGGAGUCAAUGUGUCUGUUGUCUAUGGAGUCAUGCCUCCUGAAGCUUAUAGGGCUGCCAAAGGCGCCGCUACUGAUCACAAACCCGGCCCGGUUCCGUUCUUCGCCGCCGGAAUUAGCUCGGUUUUGCAUCCGAAGAACCCGUUUGCGCCGACUUUGCAUUUCAAUUAUCGGUACUUCGAGACUGAUGCUCCACCAGAUGCUCCUGGAGCACCUAGGCAAUGGUGGUUUGGAGGUGGAACAGACUUGACUCCUGCUUAUAUUUUUGAGGAGGAUGUUAAACAUUUUCAUUCAGUUCAGAAAAAUGCGUGUGACAAAUUUGAUCCUUCCUUCUAUCCUCGGUUCAAGAAAUGGUGUGAUGAUUAUUUCUAUAUCAAGCAUCGUGAUGAGAGAAGAGGGCUUGGGGGAAUAUUUUUUGAUGAUCUAAAUGACUACGAUCAGGAGAUGCUUCUUUCUUUUGCCACUGAAUGUGCAAACUCUGUGGUCCCUGCCUACGUACCAAUUAUAGAGAAAAGGAAGGAUACACCAUUUACAGAGGACCAUAAGGCAUGGCAGCAAUUGCGAAGAGGGCGUUAUGUGGAAUUUAAUUUGGUUUAUGAUCGUGGAACGACUUUUGGACUAAAAACAGGAGGUCGAAUUGAGAGUAUUCUUGUCUCUCUUCCACUGACUGCUCGGUGGGAAUACGACCAUAAACCGGAAGAGGGAAGCGAAGAAUGGAAACUAUUAGAUGCUUGCAUCAACCCAAAAGAAUGGGUUUAAUGUUCUGAUGUCUAUUUUGUUUCAUUGUGAGAUUUCUACUUCAUUUAUCACUUUCCAUCCCACAUUUUUCUUCUUCUUUUGGUUUCUCAAUUAGUUGAGGAUUAGAAGUUCAUCAAAAGUAGUGUAAUACAUGUACAAGGUGAUGUAAGUUUUGAAUAAUGUCAGAAAUGCCAUUUUCUUAAGACUUGAGCUGUAAUUGCAUAAAUCUCGAGAUUGGUUAACAUCUGCUAACUUCUUGCGGAGAAAUCAAGAGCAACAAAACAUUUCCACUC